CCUUUUCAAAACACAUUCAGCAAAAAAAAAAAAAAAACACCUUUUCAAAACAUGAUGCGGUUCUACACAACCUCUGCAAAACCUUUUCAUUCUGACCACUAUAGUAGACUUGUCUCUUUGAUUGACUCAUGCAAAUCAAUGCAACAAAUUAAGCAAACCCAUGCGCAAUUAAUAACCACAGCUCUAAUCUCACACCCUGUUUCAGCCAACAAGCUCCUCAAGCUUGCUGCUUGUGCUUCUCUUUCUUAUGCCCACAAACUGUUUGAUCAAAUUCCUCAACCGGACUUGUUCAUUUAUAACACCAUGAUCAAAGCACAUUCUUUGUCACCCCAUUCCUGCCACAAUUCCCUCAUAGUGUUCCGCUCGCUAACUCAGGAUUUGGGCCUUUUCCCAAAUCGAUAUAGCUUUGUAUUUGCUUUCAGUGCUUGUGGCAAUGGGUUGGGCGUGCAGGAGGGAGAGCAGGUUCGCAUUCAUGCUGUGAAAGUUGGUUUGGAGAACAAUGUGUUUGUUGUGAAUGCCUUGAUUGGUAUGUAUGGGAAGUGGGGACUUGUUGGGGAGAGCCAGAAGGUAUUUCAAUGGGCUGUGGAUAGAGACCUGUAUUCUUGGAACACCUUGAUUGCUGCCUAUGUUGGAUCCGGUAACAUGAGUCUAGCUAAGGAAUUAUUUGAUGGAAUGCGAGAAAGAGAUGUUGUGUCAUGGAGUACUAUAAUAGCUGGUUAUGUUCAGGUUGGUUGUUUCAUGGAGGCUUUGGAUUUCUUCCACGAGAUGUUGCAAAUAGGUCCCAAGCCAAAUGAAUAUACCCUUGUAAGUGCUCUUGCAGCCUGUUCAAAUCUAGUCGCAUUGGAUCAAGGAAAGUGGAUCCAUGCUUACAUUGGGAAGGGUGAGAUUAAGAUGAAUGAGAGGCUUCUUGCUAGCAUCAUUGACAUGUAUGCAAAGUGCGGAGAGAUAGAAUCAGCAUCAAGAGUUUUCUUUGAACACAAGGUAAAGCAAAAAGUUUGGCCCUGGAAUGCCAUGAUUGGUGGGUUUGCGAUGCAUGGAAUGCCCAACGAGGCCAUAAAUGUGUUUGAACAAAUGAAGGUUGAAAAAAUAUCUCCUAAUAAAGUCACAUUCAUUGCCUUAUUGAAUGCUUGUAGUCAUGGCUAUAUGGUUGAGGAGGGGAAAUUAUAUUUCAGAUUGAUGGUUAGUGAUUAUGCAAUUACCCCAGAAAUAGAGCAUUAUGGAUGCAUGGUAGAUCUACUUAGUCGUUCUGGUCUCUUGAAAGAGGCUGAAGACAUGAUUUCAAGUAUGCCUAUGGCUCCAGAUGUUGCAAUCUGGGGAGCACUGUUGAAUGCGUGUAGAAUCUAUAAAGAUAUGGAGCGAGGAUAUAGAAUAGGCAGGAUCAUUAAAGGCAUGGAUCCUAACCAUAUAGGCUGUCAUGUUCUAUUGAGUAAUAUAUAUUCUACAUCUGGGAGAUGGAAUGAAGCAAGAAUUCUGAGAGAGAAGAAUGAAAUCAGUAGGGAUAGAAAAAAGAUUCCUGGUUGCAGCUCAAUUGAAUUGAAGGGAACGUUCCAUCAAUUCCUUGUUGGAGAUCAAUCCCAUCCUCAAAGUAUGGAGAUUUAUUCAUUUUUGGAUGAGAUGACAACUAAGUUGAAGAGUGCUGGGUAUGUUCCUGAGUUAGGGGAACUUUUGCAUGAUAUUGAUGAUGAGGAAGAUAAAGAGACUGCUCUGUCUGUACACAGUGAGAAAUUGGCUAUUGCUUUUGGAUUGAUGAACACAGCAAAUGGAACUCCAAUUCGCAUUGUGAAGAAUUUAAGAGUAUGCGGGGAUUGUCAUCAGGCAACAAAAUUCAUCUCCAAGGUUUACAACAGAGUAAUUAUAGUUAGAGACAGAACAAGGUAUCACCACUUUGAAGAUGGAAUCUGCUCUUGCAAAGACUAUUGGUAGAUAAGGAAACUGCUACAUAUGUCUCAUAAGUAUCAAGGUGCUUGUUUUCUUAUUUGCCCUCCUUUGACACAAAGGAGCAUUUUUAAUUAUAUGGCAAACUCAUUCACAUAUUGAGUUGGCUAGACAAAGGUAUGCAUUUGAUUAGAGGCUAUUAGCUAGUGCAGAAAAUAAUUGAACAGUUCGGCAAUUGGCUUAUUAAGGGUUUCUCUUGCUUUUUAUGCUUUUGUCUGAUUCUUGAAGAAUGCCCUCUAUGGUAGCGUCAAUUCUUCACAACUUCACAUAAUGGCUGUUGCCUGAGGUUUCUACACUUCAUUUUCUAUUAUGCACAUAUACUGAACAAGCAAUAGCUUGGUUGUGCUAGCUCAAGUUUGAAGGGUAAAUUUCUGUAUAACUCUUGUUGACAUCUUGUAGAGGUCCCAUUUUCCCAAAAUCUUUUAUUCUGAUCUAAAUAUGUACCAAUAGAUUUUUCUGUGAGGUUAUUUCCUCAAACCAACAUUAUUUCAGCUUUAUCAUAUUUUCGUGGUUGUAUUGAGCAACAUUUACGUAUGACUGGUAAUGUUUUGUCCACAUCGUA